CUCCUUCUCCCCUGCGAUACACGCUACUCGAUGCCACUGAUACGGAUGCCGACGUUUCACCCAGAAAACAUACCUGCCGCUGUUUCUGCUUUCCGACCUUCCGGCGAAGUCCCUGUGCGACAUUCACGGUAUUUCGAUGGCGGUCAGUGUCGCAUCUUCAGAGUAGACUUUUCGGACGGAGUAAGUUGGUCUGUACGCAUUCCAAUCCACUUCCAGAACCACUCUCAAGAUGCCAUUAUUUGCACUCUUCAGAGGGAAUAUGAUGUGCUUCUAGAGAUCGGCAGGAUGGACUUUCCCUGGGCUCCAAAAUGUCACGGGAUUAGCCUCACAUUUGACACUCUCGUUGGAUUUCCGUUCAUAAUUCUGUCAUGGAUUGAAGGCUCGCCCCUAUUCUGGACUUCCAACUACCCAGCAAGGCCUAUUAGGAAUAAAUUACUUUGUCAGAUCGCUGAUAUACAAGUGACUUUGAUUGAGCGCACUACAGAAACCAGCACCGCCACCCAGUAUUUCUCAAGAUUAACAGAUAACAAGUUGCGCCGAGUUCGUAAUGGUGAAAUUCCCGGUUUGACCGAACAGGACUGUUUCGACCUAAAAAAACAUCUCUUUGAGGUAUUGAACCCUGAGCUAGAGGACGCGCCAUUCGCCAUGGAUCAUGGGGAUUUAGCACCUCUGAACAUUAUAGUUGACCCGGAAUACAACAUCACUGGUAUCAUCGACUGGGGAUUUGCUUCCAAAGUUCCAAUCCAACUGGCUGGUCGCUUGCCUCGCUUUCUUCAGCUAUCAGAACUUGUCCUACCUCCAAGUCCAACUCUGCGGGAAGAUCGAAAAGCUUAUAUUGCUUCGCUCAAGUCCAACUCCUCCCAAGUAGCAUUUUGGAUGUCACUUAUCCAUUCAUCUGAGGAUGUUGAUUUUCGCCAUUGCGUUCUGGAGUCGAUGAUUAGCAAGGGUAUGCACCUUUCGCUUGCACGUCUGGGAUGGACACUUCCCUAUGAUGGGUCGCGGGAUAGUUUUGAAACUGAACUAAAGAAAGAUUGA